AUGGAAUGCAGACUACCUCUGUCUUCGUUGGAAACAGCAAUGUCGUCUUCGGCGAUGCCUGUCGUGCGGUGCCCCAAAGACUUGGGCUCUGACAACACCACCCUUGCCUCACUGGAUGUCAAACAUGUAACAAGAAUAUUGCGGUCAUAUUAUGCCUCAGUCCAGGGUGGUCCUCUUUGGCCUGUGAGCUCAUUAGGUGAUACCGUUUUAUCCUAUGAGAAAUUCCUUGAAAUUACAUUCGUAUAUAACCGUGUGGACUAUAUAAACCCCAAUGGCAGCAGUUAUAGGCACCAUUCGCUCUGCAGAUCGAUCGCCAUGAAGGCUGUGAGUGUCAUUGUGUCUUUAGUGUGGCUUGGGAAGGCUUCUAGCAGUGUGAUGGAUGUAUUUGCAAUUCUCGCCUGUGUGGCCGCCGUGGCUGUCGCCGCCCCCCAGUACGCCUACGAGACACCCGCCCCGCCCCACGAGACCGCCCCCGACCCCCUCCAGAGCGAGAUUGUCCCCAUCCUGAAGGACGACCGCAUUCAGGAGGACGACGGCAGAUACAGCGUCGACGUCGAGACCGGCAACGGAAUCAAGUUGUCCGAAUCCGGCUCUCCUGACGGUCCCGAAGGCGCGAUCAUCAAGGCUGGACAAUACGAAUACACCGCUCCCGACGGUACUCUGGUCCAGCUGAAAUUCGUCGCCAACGAGAACGGCUUCCAGCCCCAGUCCGACCUCCUGCCCGUGGCCCCCGAGUUCCCCCACCCGAUCCCCGACUUCGUCCUCGAGCAGAUAGAAUUCGCUGCUCAGGAGGCUGCUGCUGCUGAGGCUGCUGGAGUUACUGGAGGUGCUGAAGGUGCUGUAGGUGCUGUAGGUGCUGAAGGUGCUGAAGCCGGAACCGUCGAGACUGUCGUCACGCCUUCGCAGUUCUAUAGCUCACCUUAAGCGAAGGCAUCACGAAGGCUGAAACGAGACACACGAUAUCACAUGUAGCCCCUAUGUAUUUAUUUAAGAGCUACUGUAUUUCCGAACUGUAUUUGUAUUUAUGUGUAGGCUAUAGCAAAAUAUAAUUCAAGAAGUCAA